AAAAGAGGAGAAAAAUGCGAUGCAUUCACAUAGAUAUGAUUAUAAAGGAAGAAACUGUUUGAGAGAAGAAAGAAACAAGUAAGAAAUGGCGAGCGGACAGAAUGAGGAAUUCAGUGUGAGGGCAGGCCAAAUCGUGGGCCAAGCUCAUGUGAAGGAGAAUGAUUGCAACAACUCUUCUCAAGCUUCAGGUUUUCUCCAGCAGAAAGGGGAGAAAGUGAAGAGCAUGGCACAUGAAGCAUCAGAGGCAGUGAAGAACAAAUUGGGGAUGAACAAUGCCAACAAUGAAGAAUAUAAGAACAAGAACCCUUUGGACAAGAAGAAUCCUAACAACACAACCAGUCCAAGCAUGCCUGGUCAUCCUCCUUCCGAUAUCUAAACAUUUCACAAAACUCAUCUUUUUAUUCCACUAAUAAAUGUCUGUAUUAAUA